AUGACUUCCCCAAGACCCGUCUUAUUGAUGCCUCCUGGGAGAAAUAAACUUAAACAUACUAUUAAAAAUAAGAGGACUCAUUUCCAAUAUACUGAAGAAGCAUUGGCACAAGCUGUCCAGGCCAUAAGAACAGAAAAUAAAAGCAUCAGAGAGGCCUGCCAUCACUAUGGUGUCCCUCGCUCAACAGUUCAAGAUCGAAUUUCCGGCAGAUCUAAAGAACAACCUCGAAAG